ACACGACAUCUUUAUAUACUACGUUUGUUCAGCGGAAAAGAUUAAUACGUUUCCUUUUGUUCGCUGAUAGUUCGUCAUGAAGUUGAUUAUCAUUCUGUUUUUGGCAAUUGCGGCGGUGUUAGUCCAAGCAGAGUUCGAAGACUCUGACGGUGAAGAUGUAAUACCAGUACGCAGAUCAAUAAAAGGCUUACACGGUCACAUCAGUCGAGGAAAUCGAAGACACGUGGACCAUGUAGAUGCCAAAUGGGAUACCUCUGACAUGGAUGUCGACGACGCUCCUGCCACAUCAUCCAGGCGCACACUUUCAAAGAAACAAGAAACGAAGGAUUCUGGAAAAUCUUUGAUCUUGCCUAGCUUGUCUUCUAUGUUACCUUAUGUUAAGACAAUUCUUGUAGAAAUACUCAAGAAAAUAGGCGGCACUAAGUUCGAAAAACUUGGCCAGGAUGCGCUUGCUUUGGUCGAAGAUCUUGUUGCACUUUUAUCCAAUUAGACAUAGAAAAUAAUCUAAUU